AUGGCUGAAACAGGGGAUUCACUGGCAGCUUCAGGGGAAGAACCAUCUUCAAUUGAUGAAACAGGGGAGUCAUCAUUAGCAAAAGAAACAGAACCAUCUUCAAUGGCUGAAACAGGGGAGUCACCGGCAGCGGCAGGGGAAGAACCAUCUUCAAUGACUGAAACAGGGGAGUCAUUAUUAGCAAAAGAGAAAGAACCAUCUUCAAUAGCUGAAACAGGGGAGUCACCGGCAGUGGCAGGGGAAGAACCAUCUUCAAUGACUAAAACAGGGAAGUCAUCAUUAGCAACAGGGAAAGAUCCAUCUUCAAUGGCUGAAACAGGGGAGUCACCAGUGGCAGCAGGGGAAGAACCAUCUUCAAUGACUGAAAAAGGGAAGUCACCAGCAGCAAACGGGAAAGAACAAUCUUCAAUGGCUGAAACAGGGGAUUCAUCAUCAUCAGUAACAGGGGAAGUAAGGGAAUUAAAGAAAGAACUUCAAAGCGUUGUAAGAAAGAUUCUUGAAGAAGAUGAUGAUGAUGACAAUAGAAUUGAUACAAUAGGCGAAUCCAUAAGAAUCUUGUCUCGUUUAAGAGAGAUGAAGUUGAAUCAACCUGCUGUUAUUGGAAUGGAUGAUGAUAAAGGUAAAGCAGUAUUGCCACCUAAGCAAGACGGCGACUCUCCUAUGUCAUCUCCAUCACUCGUCAUGGGUAAUCCCUUUGUUUCGGUUUCAAACCAGGCGCUGAAGUGGAUGAAAUCGAAUGAAGCUAAACUAAAAAGCCAAGAGAUGAUGGACGCGAGUCGACUUUUGGCAAACCUGCACCUUGAAAGGCUGUCUGGUUCAUUUUCUGAUAAGGUGAGGGCUGCUAGAGAGCUUAGCAAACUGACAAAGUCACAACCAGCAUACAGGGCAAUUUUUGCCGAGCUCCCGGACAGCAUCACGAAAUUACUCGGUCCGUUAUUGUCCGAGGACUAUUACGAUCCCGAACUCGAGCAAGAUUUGAGCUACAGAGUUUCCAAACUCAAAAUGAAGCAAGAUUUGAUGGAAAUAGUUUUAGACAUUUCAACCGAUGACAACAAUAAGCAACAUAUGGCGGAACAUCCUAGUGUCAUCCCUUUGCUUGAUCGCACUCUUUAUACUGGAACCAUGGAAACAACGAGAACUGCUGCAAUGACUCUGGUAUCGUUAUUGUCACUCGAAUCGAACAAGUUCAUCAUCGGAAAAUCCACCAUUCCCGCGGCUUUGCUUCGAUUUGUAGACAUAGAGGAUGCUGCCGCAGCUAUACUCAGCCUCUGUACUGUACAUGAGAACAUAGCAAAGUUUAAUAAAUUAGGGGCAAUCAAAGUUAUGUCGCAGAAGAUUGAUGAAGGUAUACUUGUUGAUCAGCUAUUGGCGAUUCUUGCAGUUCUAUCUUCACGUCAAGACGUCUUUUUUGAAUAUGAGGAUGUUGAUGCUUUCCGACGCUUGGUUGAGCACAGAAGAAAUAUCAGUUCCCAACGUGCUGAAAACACCGGCAGUGCUAGUGCCGCCAUACCUUGCUUCACGCGUAGAUGAAAUUAAAGGGACUACUCUGUAAACAUUUUCAGAACUAAGGGACCAAAAGGAAAUAAAAACCUUUUCUAGCUUGAUAUGUCUUACUUGAUGAAAUAAAAUCCCA